AUGGCGACGAAAGCGAGAGUCGCUCCAGUGGUCGGCGGUGGCGGCGACUCCGAAGCGGAGGCGGAGGCGGAGCUGGCCCGGCCGCCUCACGCGCCUUUCACCUACACGCAGGUCAUCCACAGCGGGCACUUCAUGGUGUCGUCACCCCACAGCGACGCGUCGCCGGGCGGCUUGAGAGGCGGAGGGCGUCCGAGCUACGACUUCGACACGGUCAACCGGACCUGGUGCCAGACGUACCGCUACGGGCCGCUGAGCUCCGGCAGCCUGAGCAUCGACCCCACGCUCACCCGCCUGUUCGAGUGCAUGUCCCUGGCCUACAGUGGCAAGAUUGUCUCCCCGAAGUGGAAGACUUUCAAGGGACUACGGUUGCUGUGGCGGGAUAAGAUCCGUCUAAACAAUGCAAUUUGGAGAGCAUGGUUCAUCCAGUAUGUGGAGAAGAGGAAAAACCCUGUGUGCGGCUUUGUCACCCCGUUGGAGGGAUCUGAGGCAGAUGCCCACAGAAAGCCUGAAGCGAUUAUAUUAGAGGGCAGCUACUGGAAGCGGCGGAUUGAGGUGGUCAUUAAGGAGUAUCACAAGUGGAGGAUAUAUUACAAGAAGAGACUUCAGAAAAAGAAGGAUGGAAUUAUAUCAAUGCUCCAAGAGGGUCAACUCUGCCAGGCGAAGCUGGAGAAAUGGUCCAGUCAGAUGUAUCCGGAGCCUGAGGCAACGCCAGAGGACGCCCACAUGUUUGACCUGGACUACCUUCUAUCGGACAUCUCCGACACCCUGUUCACCAUGACGCAGAAGCCGUGCCCCUGGGCCAGUGAGCGGCACAACGCGUACACGACGAACGCUGAUAUGAUUCAGCCAGGCCUAACUCCUCUGCAGCCUAACUUGGACGAUUUCAUGGAUAUACCAGAUCUCUUUUUGAACUCGGGGGUCCAGCCAUGUGAGCAGACAGCUUUUGCAGACUCGGGCUAUUUUGAAAGUUCGUCCAGCGUUGCGCUUGCCCCCGAUGCGCCUGUCCACACAGCUCCUCAACUGCUCAUCGACACCCAGCUCUCUCAGGCGGGUGUGUCAUCUGAAAAUUUGCCUGAGGCCUCCUCGUCGAAUACUCAAACAGAGGGUGCCAGGCUAAACCAGGAUUGCGGCGAAUACCGCUCGACCGCUUUGCCGUAUGGACCCCAGUCAUACGCCGAUCCCGUUCUUUCGACACCGUUUGCGGCCAACGUUGAGCAGGUGUUCUCUGCAGCUCUCCCUUUUUUUUACCCAGUCCCGUGUCAUAAGUUCAGCUACCACACACCCGCGGCCGCCAGCGUGACCCCAACCGUCAUCACGCACACCGCCUCCACCACGGGGAGUGCGCAACAGGCUCCCAGCUACCCUCACCUCGGGGAUACAUACCCCCGACCUCCAUGCCGCUCCCUCAGCUACCCUACCAUCAUGUCUGUCCCGGUUCAAACGGCCCAGCCGCCUGGAGGCGCGUCGCACUGCUUCGCGGUGCCCGAACAGGUGUCUAGCACGGAAGUGAGAGGGAAGCACAAGCGAAAGAGGGGAGGAGCGAGGACAUCUGGUCCAGCUGUGGGUCUGUCUUACACGACGUCCGCUGCCCCCGCCAGCUGCCUGGCUCAGCUGCUCUCCACAGGGAAGCCUUCGGUGGGCUUUGAAGUGACUCGUGUGACAGGCCAAGGUCAGAAGUCCUCAUCUCCCAGCUCUUCGGUUUCCUCCAGUGGGCAUGUUGCAGGAGCGUCAUCCCAAGUGCAGCAUGGAGCCAACUGGCACGGAGUGUUACCAGUGUUGCGCAACCAGAGUUCAGCCCAGGGUCACCGGCAAAGCUCCACGGGCUCAGCGGCGUCUGCCCUGCUAAGCGACGACGCUGCGCACACGAGCGCGGCGGGCCUUCUCAUCCCCAAGACCGAGAAACUGUCGCCUGGCCAGCUUUAUGGCACGGACAGGAGCAGCUUAACAGGGUAUCCCAGCCAAACGUCACCCCCAAACCUGUUGGAGAAAUCCUCCAAUGCAGAAUCUCCACAUUCGGGUUUCCUCGGCUAUGGAAUGAUAGAAUCGAGUAAGCAAACAGAGACCAGGAGGAUCACUCACAUCUCAGCUGAGCAGAAGAGGCGUUUUAACAUCAAACUGGGAUUUGACACUUUACAUAACCUCGUGACGACACUCGGCUCUCAGCCGAGCAUCAAGAUCAGCAAAGCCACCACGUUGCAGAAGACCGCCGAGUACAUCAGUAAGAUGCAGCAGGAGAGAGCGCAGCUGCACGAGGAGACGCAGAGACUCCGAGAUGAGAUCCAGCUCCUGAACUCUGCCAUCAAUGCGUGCCAACAGCAGCUACCGGCCACAGGUGUGCCCAUCACGCGGCAGCGAUUUGACCACAUGAGGCAAAAGUUCCGAGAGUACGUCCAGGCGCAGACUCUGCAAAACUGGAAGUUCUGGAUCUUCAGCGUCAUCAUCGAGCCGCUGUUUGAGUCCUACAAUGGAAUGGUGUCCACUGCCAGUGUGGAACAACUGUGCCAAUCCACUUUGUGCUGGCUGGACCAACACUGCUCACUGCCUUCGCUAAGACCGAUGGUCUUGAGUUCACUCCGUCUCCUGAGCACCACGACGUCCAUCCUGACCGAGCCGAGACUGCUGCCCGAGCAGGCCGCUUUCGCCGUCACCCAGGGGGACCCCUCUGCUACGUUGGACCACUCCAUACAGCACCCUGCUCAAGACAAUAUACGCAACGUGUGACUGAAAAAGAAAACACUCAACUCGGCAGUUUGAAAAAUGACAAUCGCGCAUCGUUUCCUCUGAAUCCAACUCACCGGCUGCUUCAAGAAUGUUCGCCCAAAAAAGGACUCGGCUCGAUCUAUUCUCGUUUCGAAGCCGGGCAUAAGAUACAAUUUGUGUUCCAAACUUACAGUCUGUUAU